AUGACCUCCCGCUCGAGGUCCCGGUCGCCUGGCCACUUCGACGUUGAGCGCUCCCGAUCUCGCUCCCGUUCCAGAUCUCCUCGCCGCGACCGUUCUCCCACACCUCGUUCCGUCCGCGACUACUCUCGCGAACCCUCACCCGUCCUCGGAGACGCUUCGCUCGACCGUGAGCGAGGCCGCUCGCCACCCCGCAGGAAUGGUGGUAGUCGUCGCAGUCCCAGCCCGGCACCUGGUCGCGCCAGGAGCUACAGCCGUAGUCGCUCGAGAUCCAGAAGCCCGACCCGCAGCCCGAGCCCAGCUCAACCCGUUAGAAGUACCAAGAUUGUGGUUGAGCGUUUGACAAAAAACAUCAACGAGAACCACCUCCGUGAGAUCUUUGGCCAGUUUGGAGAGAUUGAGGACUUGGAUCUGCCCUUGAACAGGACAUCCCGCACAAACCGCGGCACAGCCUACAUUCUCUACGUCCACGAUGCCGAUGCCGAAGCCGCCAUUGCCCACAUGCACGAAGCCCAGCUGGACGGCGCCGUCAUCAACGUCUCCAUUGACCUAGAGGAGGAGGCCGCGGCGGCGGACGCAACAGAUCCCCCGGACCUCGUGGUGGUGGACGUAACGCACAUCGUUCCGAUACCUAUCGACCUCGCUCAGUCUCACGAUCGCGAUCCCGCUCGCGCUCCCCUGUGGCAGCGGGCGGAGGAACCAGGAGGUACAGGUCCAGGUCACGCUCUUGGUCUUCCCGAAGCCGUUCUCCUAGCCCGAGGGCCGGACGUGGUGGAAGAGGAGGAGGCGGCAGAGGAGGAGGAAGGAAUGAUGUGGAUAACGACAGAGCACGCAGGAGUCCUAGCCGCGCUAGUUACGACAGCUAUGACCGCAGGAGCAGGAGCCGGAGCCGCAGCCGUGAUUGGGACAGACGUUAGGUACAUCCGUCGCGCAGGGGUUAGAUUGCCCGGCCAGCCUGAGGAAGAAACCACGCGAUCCGUGGGUCAGGGUAGAAGCGGGAAAGUAAUCGGUUAA